CAGCAUCAAGUGAAAGAGGUUUGCACUUCUGGAGAACGCCGAAGCACGCUCGUUCUGGUUUGCUUCAGUCCUUACUGAACGCAUCAUGUUUGACGCAUGAAGUGGAACGCAUGAAAUUUUUUAUGGGAUGCAGGGAGCCGACAUGUAUGUGGGUGGAGGGGGAAAAUUAUGACAUGCACCAACGUUAGUUACAGUCUAAAACUUUCAGGCUAUAGUUUUUGAGCAUGACUCAUUUCAAGACCAGUCUGGUUUUCAUAAGUAGGGCAAGUUGUGACGAGGAGAUUCUGAAUCGCCUGGAGCCGCGUGUUGUUGCGAUUCCGUUUCAGCAGUGAGGUAGAGGAGAGAUCGGGGUGAAUCGGAGGCGUAGGCAGCAUGGGGGUUGUAAGUUGGAGGGCUUCAGCAUUAUUGAGCUGGUUAAUGCUGCUGCCGAUGUUGUUUGCCGAGGUUGGUGCUGCUCCUACGUGGACCAAACACACCAACAAUUGGGCUGUACUUGUGUGCACAUCGCGUUACUGGUUUAAUUAUCGACAUAUGGCGAAUACUCUCUCUUUGUACAGGACAGUGAAGCGGCUAGGUAUCCCUGAUGAUCACAUUAUAUUGAUGCUUGCUGACGAUGUAGCCUGUAACGCUCGAAAUGCGCGCCCGGCUCAGGUGUUCAACAAUGAAAACCAUCGACUCAACCUAUAUGGUGACCAUAUUGAGGUUGAUUACAGGGGUUAUGAAGUCACCGUAGAAAAUUUUCUACGUGUUUUAACCGGUCGCCACGAUGCUGCUGUUCCAAGGUCUAAACGACUGCUUAGUGACGAAGGGAGUAACAUACUUCUUUACAUGACAGGUCACGGUGGUGAUGAGUUUUUAAAGUUUCAGGAUUCUGAGGAGAUUCAGAGCCGUGACCUUGCCGACGCAUUUGCUCAAAUGCAUGAGAAGAGAAGAUACAAGGAACUAUUAGUAAUGGUUGAUACGUGUCAGGCAGCCACUCUACACUCUCAGCUCUAUUCGCCUGGUAUACUUGCCGUGGGCAGUAGUUUGAAAGGAGAGAACUCAUAUUCUCAUCAUCUUGAUGCAGAUGUGGGUGUCUCAGUUGUGGAUCGAUUCACUUACUACACUCUGCAGUUCUUUGAAAAUCUUGACAUCCAUAGCAACGCUACUCUGGAAAGUUUGUUUAAAUCGUACUCACCAAGUCUACUCAUGUCGCACAUGGACUAUAGAGCGGACCUGUUUCCUCGAACCUUGGACAAGGUGCUUGUAACUGACUUUUUCGGAUCAGUGAUGGGCAUCAAACACACUGAGGCUGCUUAUGUGGGCUUUACUGGUCGUUACGAAGAAUUGCUGAAUCCUCAAAAAGCUCCCUCUCUAGCUGCCGUCAACGAGCCAGUCUUUGAAGCCCCUCGUGAGAAAGAUCAGGUUUUAGAAGAUGAAGAAGACUUAAAUGUGGAAAAGAUUAGGCACCGGCUCCUGGCAGCUGACAAUGAUUUACCUGUCCUUGUUGGUUUGCUUGCCCUGGCCGCAGCAGUCACAGUGUCAUCCAUCGCUUUUCCUGGCGCAUGAAGCUUUUUUGGUUCCUUUUUGGUCGAGAGAUACCUUGGUCUACAAAUUCGCUUGUGAAAUUUCUCUCUAAUGCCAGACCAGGUGCCAUUUAGCAAGACAAUGGUGUAACAAUCAAUCAGUCAUGUGUUGUGCAGAGCGUACCUCAGGUUGUGGUGUAAAAUUCCAUUCUUUAACAGAUGGCGAAGCUGAAUCCUUCCAGCUCAAUCGUGGCACCAUUGCUGUCUAAGGGUCUGCUUAGGCUGUAACGAUAUUUUAUUGUGCUCAAACAAUGUACAAAGCAUGAAACUGCUUUGGGACAUUCAGGAUCUCGCCACUAAUCACAACAUUUCGAACGUUUUGGUCAUGUUGGCUAUGAAAUUGGUUGAAGUGAAAAAGACCAGGUGUGAUAUUUGGAGGUA